AUGAAGAAAGGAGGACCGAUAUCCAGUGAGGACUGAGUGCUACUUGCUAAGUAACAGGGAUUGUUAGAGUGAGAGUCCCUGCCAGGAAGUGACAGGGAGUGAGUGUGAGUUACAGAGACAGUGAGUGUGAGUAACAGACAGUGAGUGUGAGUAACAGACAGUGAGUGUGAGUAACAGGGACAGUGAGUGUGAGUAACAGACAGUGAGUGUGAGUAACAGGGACAGUGAGUGUGGGUAACAGACAGUGAGUGUAAGUAACAGACAGUGAGUGUGAGUAACAGACAGUGAGUGUGAGUUACAGAGACAGUGAGUGUGAGUAACAGAAAGUGAGUGUGAGUAACAGAUAGUGAGUGUGAGUAACAGGGACAGUGAGUGUGAGUUACAGACAGUGAGUGUGAGUAACAGACAGUGAGUGUGAGUAACAGACAGUGAGUGUGAGUAACAGGGACAGUGAGUGUGAGUAACAGACAGUGAGUGUGAGUAACAGACAGUGAGUGUAAGUAACAGACAGUGAGUGUGAGUAACAGGGACAGUGAGUGUGAGUAACAGACAGUGAGUGUGAGUAACAGGGACAGUGAGUGUGGACUCUGCCGUGGACUCACUAUGAAUCCCAUUAACCUGGACACUUACAGCUUGUCGCUACUCACUGCCAAGGAGGAUAUACUCAACGACAGGAGCUCCACUAACUGGGCGGUAUUUACAUAUGAAAAACACUGGAACCUGAAGUUAGCAGAUUCUGGGGCCGGCGGACUGGACGACUUAAUUAAAAAACUUAGUAGUAGAUCUAUCCUAUAUGGAUUGUGCCGAGUGAUGGACCCCAAUACCCAGACAGCCCGAAUCAUCCUUAUUCACUGGGUUGGGGAGCAGGUGAAUGAAUCACAGAGAGAAAUUUGCAAAGAGCAUCUUCCGGCCAUCAAGGUCUUCUUCAGGGAUGCCAAUGUGCUGAUCAGCGCCUGCCGGGUGGAGGACUUAAGCCAGGAGAAGGUGAUGGAGACUCUAAAUAAAAUAGCUCAGCCUGGCAGGGUCCCCCGCAAGUCCUACGUUCCAGGAUCACAUCAGGUGGUAGGCACAAACUAUCGGAAAACAAACCCUGCCAUCGAGAUGAAAUUCAGUAAGAGAGAGUCUUUCUGGGAGAGAUCAGAGAGGGAGGAAGAGAGACGGAAAGAGGAGGAACGAAUCAGACUCCUGGAAGCGAGGAUUGCUUGGGAGAAGCAGCGAGUACAGAGAGAGAGAGACGAGGAAGAGGAGCGAGAGCGCAGGAUUCGAGAGAAGGAGAGACUAGUGGAGGAACAGAGAAAAGAACAGGCACGAUUAGAGGCUGAACAUCGUAGGAUAGAAAAGGCUCGAUGGGUUCAACAGCAAAAAGAAUAUGAGGAGGAGAUUAAAGGGAAAUACCGUCGCAGUCAGUCCAUUGAGAUGGCAGCGGAGGCUGCUGCUCUCAUAUCUAGUCGGUCCAUGCAUCCUCGGGAAUUCUUCCAACAGCAGGAGCGUUCUGUUUCGUACUCAUUCUCACCUCCAUCUACUCCAAACUCACCUUCCAGAUCUACACCCAGUUUCCUUCACAGACCAGCGUUCCGAUACCAGCGAAGUCUAACAGAGUCUGUUUUGUCCCAUUCACCUCACAGUCCAUCAUACAUUCCUAACUUUCAGAAAAGUGACUCUGAUAACUCUCCUUCCCCAACACCCAAGCCUUUAUCGCCUGCAUUCAUCUUCUCCAAGUCUGCUCUUCCAGUCACUUCUCCCAAGUUGGAUUCCUUACCUUCUUUCAUACCACCUCCAAUGGUUCCCGCUCGAGGUGGAAGUUUGCUAAAUAAAAGUUAUUCCCCUUCUUAUGCCACAAAUAUCACCUCAUCUAGAGUUUUUCCUAAAGAAACAACACUUAAGACAGAACAUGUAUCUCUUGAAGGGUCUCAGCCCCUGAAUACCCUUCGCAACAAUGUACCGCCACAAGAUGCACCUUCACACCAAUUGCCCCCUCGUAAAACAACAGAAGUCUCAGAUGUAGAUAUUUUACUGCCAAGUGACACCUAUAAAGCUGAGCUAGUACCUAUCAAUGCAGAAGCAAAACCUUUGCACACCCCAAAACCCCCAGUCUGGGCAGAAAGAGUUGAUGUCAUAUGUCAUGAUAUACUCCCCAAAAAGAUCUACAACGUAAGUCAUAUAUCAGAGACCAGCAAUUAUACUACAUCAGCCACUAGAGAAAGUACACUUUAUGCCACUUCUACCCCAACCACAACAAAGUCUAUACCAACUGAAGACUCACACAUUGCGGAACUCACACAUUCUGCUGAUCUAUCCACCACAAAGACUGUCCAGCCUACUACAGACCCUGGAAUCCAUAUUGCCCCUUACACUACAGAGGACCUCCUUGCCCCUGUCCCACCAGUGAUUGAAGACACGUGUCCAAUUGCUCAAGCUACCACACAAACUCCAUUGCUUCCUAUUUCACCCACUCCCAACGCUAAAUUAACUCCUAUUCUUCAAAUGUCUGAAUCCACAUUCCAUCCUGUUCCACCUACUUCAGAUACCACUCUCAACACUUCUCUCUCUAUUCAAAAAGCUGCUAUAAUCACUUCUGCAAAUAUUACAGAAGCCAUAUUCUCUCCACUCAACACAAUAGCCAAACUCUCUAGUGCUUCACCUAUAAAAGAGGCCACACUGCCUGCUCCUCCACAGAAAACAGGGGCCACACUCCCUGCUCUUCCACCCAUAACAGAGCCCACGCUCCCUGCUCCUCCACCCACAACAGAGCCCACGCUCCCUGCUCCUCCACCCACAACAGAGGCCACACUGCCUGCUCCUCCACUCACAACAGAGGCCAUACUCAUUGCUCCUCCACUCACAACAGAGGCCACACUCAUUGCUCCUCCAUCAACAGAGGCCACACUCACUGUUCCUCCACCCACAACAGAGGCCACAUUCAUUGCUCCUCCAUCAACAGAAGCCACACUCUCUGCUCUUCUACCCACAGCAGAGGCCACACUCCCUGCUCUUCCACGCACAACAGAAGCCACACUCCCUGCUCCUCCACCCACAACAGAGGCUACACUCGCUGCUUCUCCACAGACAAAAGAGGCCACACUCACUGCUCCCCCACCCACAACAGAGUCUACACUCACUGCUCCCCCACCCACAGAGGUCACACUCACUGCUCCUCCUCCCAAAGCACAGGUCGAACUCCCUGCUCCUUCACCGACAACAGAGACCACAUUGCCUGUUCAUCUACCCACAACAGAGGCCACAUUCCCUGCUCCUUCAACGACAACAAAGGCCACACUGCCAGCUCCUUCACCCACAUGUGCACCAGUUGCAGAGGCAAAACAUGAUUUAGUUUCACCUUCGACAACCUUGUCUUUACUCAACUUUGUGUCUCCUCUGCCAUAUACUCCAUUCAGUUUAGAAUCCAAACACAUUGUAAAAUCUCCAGCUGUGCAGAAAAAAAAAGCAAUGUCCUCAUUAUUAGAUGAAUCUCCCUCUGCACUUGUCCAUCUUUCUCCUCUCACAGACAGAGAUAUCACCUCUACUGUUAGAACAACUACUUCUGUGACUGGUCCACUAGCUUCUCCCCCCAUAAACACACCAUCCACUCCCUUCAGUGACACUUUAACUAUUCCCCCAACUGUCACAUCAAGUGCUCCCACAACUGACACAACUCUACCACAACAGGAUCAGCUGCCUGACACACCAUAUGAAACACAAUGUUUGAUCACUGAUAAUAGACUUGAGGCUCCACCCACUGACAGCUUUCUUAUAUGCAAAGCUCCUCCCACUAACAAAACUCCACCUACUGGUGAAAUUGGAAACCUGCCUUCUGAUAGAUCAUUUACAUAUCAAGUCCUUCCUACUAGCAGUAUACUUAUAACUGGAACCCCCCGUACUGACCAAAUCCCACCAUUGGUGAGCUCUCCGAUAUGUGAAGCCCUCCCCACUGAAAAUAUACUGGUAACUGGAACACCACUCUUUCAUACCUCCGCUACAAAUGAGGCCCAGCCCAAGGACAAUAUACUUCUGAUUGAAACCUCACCCAGAGACAUAUCACUUCCUCCUGAGUCCUCUCCAACUGAUGAAAUAGUUCUAACUGAAACCCCUCUCACUGGUACAUCAUCUGCAUAUGAGACUCCUCCCACUGACAAUAGAAUUGUAACUGAAACCCUGCCCAAUGAUACAUUAUUUACAUAUGAGACUCCUCCCACUGACAAUACAAUUGUAACUGAAACCCUGCCCAAUGAUACAUUAUUUACAUAUGAGGCUCCUCCCACUGACAAUACAACUGUAACUGAAACCCUGCCCAAUGAUACAUUAUUUACAUAUGGAGCCCCUCCCACUGACAAUACAACUGUAACUGAAACCCUGCCCAAUGACACUUCAUUUACAUAUGAAGCCCCUCCCACUGACAAUACAGCUGUAACUGAAACCCUGCCCAAUGACACUUCAUUUACAUAUGGAGCCCCUCCCACUGACAAUACAGCUGUAACUGAAACCCUGCCCAGUGACAUAUCAUUUACAUAUGGAGCCCCUCCCACUGACAAUACAACUGUAACUGAAACCCUGCCCAAUGACACUUCAUUUACAUAUGGAGCCCCUCCCACUGACAAUACAGCUGUAACUGAAACCCUGCCCAAUGACACUUCAUUUACAUAUGAAGCCCCUCCCACUGACAAUACAGCUGUAACUGAAACCCUGCCCAAUGACACUUCAUUUACAUAUGGAGCCCCUCCCACUGACAAUACAGCUGUAACUGAAACCCUGCCCAGUGACAUAUCAUUUACAUAUGGAGCCCCUCCCACUGACAAUACAACUGUAACUGAAACCCUGCCCAAUGACACUUCAUUUACAUAUGGAGCCCCUCCCACUGACAAUACAGCUGUAACUGAAACCCUGCCCAGUGACAUAUCAUUUACAUAUGGAGCCCCUCCCACUGACAAUACAGCUGUAACUGAAACCCUGCCCAAUGACACUUCAUUUACAUAUGGAGCCCCUCCCACUGACAAUACAGCUGUAACUGAAACCCUGCCCAGUGACAUAUCAUUUACAUAUGGAGCCCCUCCCACUGACAAUACAACUGUAACUGAAACCCUGCCCAAUGACACUUCAUUUACAUAUGGAGCCCCUCCCACUGACAAUACAGCUGUAACUGAAACCCUGCCCAGUGACAUAUCAUUUACAUAUGGAGCCCCUCCCACUGACAAUACAGCUGUAACUGAAACCCUGCCCAGUGACAUAUCAUUUACAUAUGGAGCCCCUCCCACUGACAAUACAGCUGUAACUGAAACCUUGCCCAGUUACAUAUCAUUUACAUAUGGAGCCCCUCCCACUGACAAUACAGCUGUAACUGAAACCCUGCCCAGUGACAUAUCAUUUACAUAUGGAGCCCCUCCCACUGACAAUACAGCUGUAACUGAAACCCUGCCCAGUGACAUAUCAUUUACAUAUGGAGCCCCUCCCACUGACAAUACAGCUGUAACUGAAACCCUGCCCAGUGACAUAUCAUUUACAUAUGGAGCCCCUCCCACUGACAAUACAGCUGUAACUGAAACCCUGCCCAGUGACAUUUCAUUUACAUAUGGAGCCCCCCCCACUGACAAUACAGCUGUAACUGAAACCCUGCCCAGUGACAUAUCAUUUACAUAUGGAGCCCCUCCCACUGACAAUACAGCUGUAACUGAAACCCUGCCCAGUGACAUAUCAUUUACAUAUGGAGCCCCUCCCACUGACAAUACAGCUGUAACUGAAACCCUGCCCAGUGACAUAUCAUUUACAUAUGGAGCCCCUCCCACUGACAAUACAGCUGUAACUGAAACCCUGCCCAGUGACAUAUCAUUUACAUAUGGAGCCCCUCCCACUGACAAUACAGCUGUAACUGAAACCCUGCCCAGUGACAUAUCAUUUACAUAUGGAACCCCUCCCACUGACAAUAUACUUCUAACUGAAACUCCACCCACAUCUGAGGCCCAUCCCACUGAAAAUAUACUACUAAUUGAAGCCCUCACCAGUGAUGCAUCAUCUACAUCUGAGGCCCCUACCAGUAACAAUAUAGUCCCUAUUGAAACCCAACACACAUUUUUCUCACCCACUUCUGAGAUUCCAACCACAGACAGUAGAUGUCUUAUUGAAAACAUGCCCACUGAUGUUUCAUUUCCAUCUGAGACUUUUCCCAUUGGCAGCUCUUUUCUAUUUCAAAGCACUCCUACUGGUAGCUCCUCAACACUUGAGACUUCUCCCACUGACAAUAUACUUCCAUAUAACACUCCACUAACUGAAAGCCCAUUUAAAUCUGAGCAUCCCCCAACAUACUAUAGUAAUCUUUUAGAAAACCCACCUCUGUCUGAGAUAUCUUCCACUGGUAAUGUUCUUCUACCUGAUGUCCCAUUCAACAAUAUUACUCUUUUAAAUGAGGCUGCGCCUACUGAGGACUUACUAAUAUUUGAGGCCAAGCCCACUGCCAACUCAUUUCAAUUUGGGGUUGCUCAAACAGAAGUCCCUCUGUGGCCACUGGACCACAAACAGCCCAGGAAUCUACAAACCCCUGACCCACGGCCUGAGAUGGAGAUCAUCAGUAAAAAUAGUACCAUAGACACGCCAUCUACAAUGACCUCAGGAAUCAUGGAGCAUUCUGUAGAUUUAAAGGAACCCCUUCCCCUGUUGAAGUCUUUUCAUGUGAACAGUGAAGAGGUAGUAGAUUCCAGUUUGCCGGUGGAAAAUCCGUGUGCUAGUUCGGCUCUUGACUGCUGAUCUGAUUUCUACACGUGUGACUUCUUUUGGAUCUGAAACCCAAGUGUGACACAUUCUAAAAUAAAUGCACUGGUGAGGAAAAAUAAGAGGAUUUAGCCACUUAGUUGACCAACAGCACAUCUUUCAGAGAUUAACCAUGCUCUUGUGUCUUCACUGCUGUUGGAAGGAAAUUCAUGAAUACCACAACCACUCAAAUAACAUUUCGGGGCCUACUUAAGAGAUGACCUACCACUAAUAAGAGUAUUAUACAUAUGGUCCUGCAACUUACAAAAUGGAGUAAAGACAGUAUUUGCAUAGACUAUGAAUUACUGGAAAAAUGUAACUGAUUGCAAAAGGAAUGUAAUGCCACACCGAACAGAUAACCCUCACCACAAGGAAAUCUACAAGACACAUAAAUGGGGGGCAGCAAAUGAGCCAUGGACACCUCCAGCAGAAUGUUCUCUGCUGAAAUCUGUGAAAAGCUUGCUUGUAGCAAAUUAAUGCAUUGUGUAAGACUUGGACAUCAACACUGGAGGGUGAACUAGGAAUACCAAAACUACACGGUAUUGGUGACUAAUGAUGCCCUAUCUACACAUGGUGGGUAAUGACAAGCACGACAUCUACAUUGGAUGGCUAACGAAAAAUAUGACACCUACAUGGGGCGGAUAACAAAGAAUACAACAUCUAUGUGGAAUGGUUACUAAGAAUACCCAAUCAACAUGGCAUGGGUGACUAAGGAUACCCCAUAUACACAGGGUGGAUAACGGAGAAUACAACAACUACGUGGGAUGGUAACUAAGAAUACCAAAUCAGCAUGGCAUGGGUGACUAAGUAUACCCCAUAUACACAGGGUGGAUAACGAAGAAUACAACAACUGCGUGGGAUGGUAACUAAGAAUUCCAUAUCUUCUUAGGAUAAGUAGCCAAGAAUCAAGAAGGUUGAGUCACAAUAUUGGGCAGGAGGAUUUGGACCCAGUAGAGGUUGGCCCAUACAUAAUAUUGUGUUCCAGGGACUGGAAAUGCUAGGUGCUUUGUCUUGUGGAAAUAAAUUAGGUUCAUGUCAAACAAAAAACAAGUCUAAAGAGGGAAGAAACACCUCUUGUGGGAUGUGAUAUUUAAGCACAGAAUCUAGUAACACUAAUAUAUAACCAGUCACUUGUAUAGUAUAUAAUAGAGAAUUAAAUCACAUUGUGUAUCCUGA